CUGGUUGCUGCAGACUGCACGUGCUGUGUUCAUUCAGGGUCUUUUGUUAGGUUCUUUCAACUAAUUCUACAACAGACACCAAUAGUGAUGGGGUUUGGUGAUUUAAAGUCUUCUGCUGGUCUUCAGUCUCUUAAUGAAUAUUUAUCUGAUAAAAGUUACAUUGAAGGCUAUGUUCCUUCCCAAGGUGAUGUAGCUGUGUUCAAUGGUGUUGGAUCAGCUCCUGGUUCACAAUAUGUUAAUGUGUUGCGUUGGUACAGGCACAUUGCUUCUUAUACUAACGAUGAAAGAUUGGCGUUUCCUGGUGUUCAGAAGCCGUUAGAUCAGUAUGGUGGGGCCAGCACUUCAGCUCCUCCAGCUGAUGAUGAUGACUUUGAUCUGUUUGGGGACGACGAUGAAGAGGAGGAAGCCGAGGCUGAGAGGAUCAAGCAGGAGCGUAUUGCAGCAUAUAAUGCAAAGAAAAGCAAAAAACCUGCCUUGGUUGCAAAGUCCAAUAUAAUCCUUGAUGUGAAACCCUGGGACGAUGAGACCGACAUGAAGGAGGUUGAGGCUAAAGUCCGCACUAUUGAGGCUGACGGGCUCUUAUGGGGAGCAUCUAAGUUUGUUCCACUGGCUUAUGGUAUCAAGAAACUUCAGAUUUCCUGUGUUGUAGAAGAUGAUAAAAUUGGUACUGACUUCCUAGAAGAAGCCAUAACAGCGUUUGAGGAUCUGGUACAAUCUGUUGAUGUAGCCGCUUUCAAUAAAGUUUAAAAAAAAAGAACUUGUUUAAAAAUAUUAAAUAGUUUUGGAAUGCGUAGUUCUCUUCAUAAGUGUAACACAUUGUGAGUGCACACAAUACAAUUCAAUACAUA